CCAUCCUCCUCCAUCCACACGACACAGGGCGGCAUUCGUCAAGACAAGUCAGCAUCAAUGGCCCCUACGAAGACCACAAAGACCCGCAAGGAGCCCGCCAAGGCAUCGGCGAAGGAGGCCAAGGCCAAGGCCGCGAGGAAGGCCGCACUUGCCGGCACGAACUCGCACAUCGCGCGCAAAGUGCGCUACUCCGUCUCGUUCCGCCGCCCCAAGACCCUCCGCCUCGCCCGUGACCCCAAGUACCCGCGCAAGUCUAUUCCCCAUGUACCGCGGAUGGACCAGUUCCGGACGAUUGUCUCACCAUUGAACACGGAAUCGGCAAUGAAGAAGAUCGAGGAGAACAACACCCUCGUUUUCAUUGUUGACCUCCGGGCGAACAAGCGUCAAAUCAAGGACGCGGUGAAGAAGCUGUACGACGUUCAGGCGGCAAAGAUCAACACUCUGAUCCGCCCCGACGGCAAGAAAAAGGCAUAUGUGCGCUUGACUCCGGACCACGACGCGCUGGAUGUCGCAAACAAGAUUGGCUUCAUCUAGUCGUGCGGAUUGGAUUAUAGGACACCGUCAUCUGCCCGCGCCUUCUUUUCACGCGCCCUACAGCGCUCCUGCCACUUCGCACCGCAUCCUGUCGAUCCGCUCAUGUCAUGUAUGCGUUCUCCAUGCCUAUUGCAAAGCAAGCCAUGCUUUCUCGCUCUGAAUGAACGUCUGUUUCGAGU